CUGGGGUUGUUUUCGGAAUAUUUAGAUAGAAUGAAUGAGAGUUUUGGAUUUGAAAAUGCUAGUCAAGCUAAACUCAUCCGCCACUACCAGACGAACCUUUUUGCACAGAAGAAUCUGCUGCUAAAAAUAUGGUUUCUUCAACAAUCUUUAUUGUUCGGUUUAACCCCGAAAUUCAUUAAUCUGAAGUGUAAAAUAAGAACGAAUUCAUCAAAAACUGCCGUAAACGUCGCCAGAACAACUAGGUUGAAGGAAGAAGUGAAGUGCGAUUAUAGAACUUUAAACAAGGUGAACUCUUUAGUAAAAUACCUCUAUUUCACGUUAAACUCAUUUCUAAAUCACUUGGAAUUUAGUACUUUAGACUGUUUAUUCAGGGAUAAAUUAGAGACCUGAUGAUGCUCUAACUAGAGCGAAACACGUGUAGCCUGUUUUAUUACAUGUUGUGAGACCGAGACUUUGUGUUU